CCCAAACCGGAACAGCUGAUACUGAAAUACUACCUCGGCAUCGGCGCCGCGCAAUGGUGGUGGUGGGCGCCAGCGACGACGGCUGGGCGCGGCUCACCUCGAGCUCUUACGCCGCAGCAGGUCAGGGGCGGAGGCAGGAAUGGGAGGUGGAGUUCGCCCGCUACGCCGCGCCGCCCCUGCGCGACACCUCGACGCCGCCGCCGCCCGGCGUCCGUUGUGCUACCAGCGCCACGGAUUGCCAUCCCGGCUCCUGGCUCCCCGUCGCCACGCCUGCCGCUGUUCGCGUCUCCCGCUCUAGCCACCCCUCCGCGGCCCCAGUCCUCACCGUCUCCGUCGUCGGCGUCGUCUUCGAGGAGCACUUUGUGUCCAUCCUCAACUUCUCAUGGCCUCAGUUCACAUGUGGGGGACAAUGCCCAGGAAGUGGGAGCAGGGUGGUCUUUGUGAGUUUUGUUGAUAAAUCCAAGCAGAUACAGAAGUUUGCUCUACGUUUCCCACAGCUCAGUGAUGUGGAGUCGUUCUUAAAUUGUGUGAAGGAAUGCUUAGGUGACACCAUGGAUAUCAAAUCAUCUGGAUGCGACUACGUAUGUGAAGAUUCAUCAUCACGAUCAGAAUAUAUUGCUUCCAAUGAACUUCCAUACAGCUUCGAGGGGCCAGCUUCAGAUCACAGGACAGAGCAACCAGCAUUGUGCUACCAUGAGGAAUCAGAACUGCCUGUUUCUGAACCUCUCCUUCCCUCCAACCUUGACAAUAUCAACUCUGGUUUCCCUCUUAGUUUCACUGAAAUGUUGAAAAAUUUGUCAACUGAGACUGAACAUGCAUUGUGCAUGUAUGGAUCAGAUGCAGAGGACCUGCAUCAACUGGCUGGAACUGACCAUCCUCAAGGAGUAAUGUAUGGUGGAUCAGAUGGGGAGGACCUGCAUCAACUGACUGGAACUGACCAUCCUCAAGAGGUAAAGUAUGGCGGAUCAGGUGCGGAGGACCUGCAUCAACUGACUGGAACUGAUCAUCCUCAAGAGGUGUUCACACAAGAUGCUUGUCAUGACGCUGGCAGUAAUGGAAAUACUGCUGAUAAAGAAACUGGUACUAGCAAGUCAACAAACGAAAUUGAUACUAGUAAACCAACAAGUGAUAUUAUGGCAAGGAUAAAGAAAUAUCUGGCUGAUGAGUCAUUCCAUGAUACGCUGUUCAAGGUCGAGAAAAUCAUUGAUGAACUGGGUGUGAAAGCAUUGUGCAUGUACGGAUCAGAUGCAGAGGACCUGCAUCAACUGGCUGGAACUGACCAUCCUCAUGGAGUAAUGUAUGGUGGAUCAGGUGCGGAGGACCUGCAUCAACUGACUGGAACUGAUCGUCCUCAAGAGGUGUUCACACAAGAUGCUUGUCAUGAUGUAUUUCCUUCAAUUGCAGUUGGCAGUAAUGGAAAUACUGCUGAUAAAGAAACUGGUACUAGCAAGUCAACAAAAGAAAUUGAUACUAGUAAAUCAACAAGUGAUAUUAUGGCAAGGAUAAAGAAAUAUCUGGCUGAUGAGUCAUUCCAUGAUAUGCUGUUCAAGCUCGAGAGAAUCAUUGAUGAACUGGGUGUGGACUUGUCCGUCUACCCCUAGACACAUAGGAAAACCUCCUCAUAGCCGCUCGAAGCCUCUGUUUUCUCUGCCAAUGGAAAUUGAAACACAGAAUGUAGUUGUAGUUCACUCGGCGGUUCCUGAAUUGUUGCUUCUAAUCCUAGCAAAGUUGUGACGUACGCAGGGAUGGGAACUUAUUGGGGCUUAUAUAUUGUGCAUCAUUAUGUGUUGUGUUCUGCUUAUGCUGCUGCGUGAGAACAAAUGAUACGAAAAUAGCAAAUCAUGUACACAUGUAUUGGUUUAUAAAUAUAUUUAAGUGGUCCUGCAUAAUGA